UUCAAUUUUUCAGAUGAUGAAAUCGACGAACUACCCCUCAUGCGGAGCCCUGGACCAGUCCUCAUGAUCCUGGCCGUAUACCUGCUCUUCGUGCUGAAGCUAGGGCCGGCCUUCAUGAGGAAGAGGCCACCGUACAAACUAACCCGCACGCUAUUUGCAUACAAUAUGAUACAGGUGGCCAUUUCGGCGUAUUUAGUACAAAAGUAUUUUCGAGCAAUAUUGGAACUCGGUCUGGUGCCUAGACAGUGUCAUAUGGCUAACGAAAGGAUGAGAAAGGAGAUCGUCUUCGGAAUUUGGUUAUACUUCGCAGCCAAAAUCACAGAGCUUCUCGACACCGUCUUCUUCGUACUCCGAAAGAAGGAUAACCAAGUGACAUUCCUCCACUUAUACCACCACUCGAUCAUGAUGGUCGGGACGUGGGCGUUCUUCAAAUACUCGCCGUCAGAGACGGUGCUGUUCAUCGGGUUCCUGAACUCGUUGGUACAUGUGUUCAUGUACAUGUAUUAUGGCUUGGCUGCGUUGGGGCCUAAGGUGGCGAAGUAUUUGACUUGGAAGAAGUAUAUGACGACGUUUCAGCUGGUACAAUUCGUCUCCAUCGUCGCUCAGUACAUUAUAACAGUAAAACUAUCAGAAUGCCCUCCUUCUAAAGGAGUCGCCAUUUUCAUAGUCUGCAACACGUUAUUCUUUCUAGUCCUUUUCGCAAAUUUUUACAAGCAAAGCUAUGUUAAGAAAAAUUCAAAGACUAGACUAAAUGUUAGUAAUCCUUUAGGUAUUUGUAUGAUACAAGAGAAAGAUGUUAAAGUGCAAUAA